AUGGGUUCCAGCGCGAGGAAGAAGCAGGAGAAGAAGAAGGAUUUUCAGUCACUAUCAACCGUCGCCCCCGAUGUCGUCCAGCAAUUCAAACACAACCUCUCUCUAGCGUCCUCGUCACGGUCUGAUAAACAGCGGCGUGACGCCUUGGCAUACCUCACCAGCCAGCUCUCCUCCCAUCCACCAGUGAAUCCCGUCGGGACAAACAUCCUCCUCUCAAAACUCCUUCCUCUCAUCUCAGACAGUUCAACGCCAGUCCGAAGUCAGCUGCUGAAGCUCCUGCGAGCGCUCCCGGAAGAGGAAGCCAAGCACAGCACCGAACAGGCCAUCAUGUUCAUCCGGGCAGGCAUGACGCAUCUGUCGGCCGAUAUUAGCGGCGACUCCCUUGGGGUUAUGGAGUGGCUUCUUGACGUGGCUGAGGACGAGCUUGUCACCAUCCCUGGCGGGUGGGUCAAGACUCUGAGCACAUUCUGUGUCACCAUGGGCUGGUCUCUUUCAUCGGCUGCUCAUGGCUGGACCUCGGCUGCUCGAAGUAGUCUUCGUGCCAAGGACGCUCAGACACUCGCACGCCAGAUAUCCAUUCUAUCCAGGUUUCUCCAAGCCGGACUCCGAUCAGAGACGGCAGCCGUGCCCAGCUCGGAAGAAUACUGGGACAGCUUCUAUGGGUUGCCACGUUCUUCAAAUGCCUUUGAGUAUCUCAACUUGUUUGGUUCACGGCGCGACGAGGAGGGAGAAAUGUAUCCGAACCGAGAAGCGAGGCAGCAGGUAUUCUAUCGGAGAUUCUUCGAGCCCGUUACAAAAGGGAUCGAAAAGGUUAAGAAAGAAGGCGGGGCGGCUGGGAGAGCAGCGGUUGGGCUCGAUCAAGUGUUGAAGAAUGGGAUGGGCGAUUAUGCUGCUUCCGCUGGAAUGGAUGCUCAGGACUUGUUAAACCUGUGGUAG